CUUUCCUCUACUUGAAUAUCAUGACUUUCACUAUUGAACCUAUCAAGCCUACUGCUGCUCAAAGCGGUGUUGACUUUGGUGCCAUGAUCAACGACUUGGAUCUCGAAAAGUUAACAGACCACGACUUUGAAAAGUUACAAGAAGCUGUGUACACGCACCAGGUCGUUGUUGUCCGUAACCAAUUGCAUGUACAGCCCCAAACACAAUACAAUAUCACCAAACGGUUCGAACCCGAGGUCGACACCUACGGCCACGGCAAGCAGCACCGUGCCGAACAAUCUGUGAUUGCGCGUGAUCUGUCCCCCUUGCCCGAGGUGCCUCAAGUCCAAUUGCUUGGCCAUGGCUUGGUCAAGAACUACCAAGGCGUCGAGGAACGUCAAUUGACCCAUCCACAUCACAAGGUGUUUCACCAGACCGUCAUGGCCAAGGAGGAUGAAGAGGCUGGCAAAACCCGGUUUUAUCGAUGGCAUAUGGAUGCUGCGCUUUACAAGUUGAACCCGCCCAAGGUGACGAGCUUGUUUGGCUUUAAGAACCCUGAACCCCGACGACAGACUGUUGUAUAUGACGAUGGCACUGAUGAUACAUUGGAUGUUCAAUUGGGUACCACUGCUUUCAUUUCGGGCCAACAUGCAUUCGAACUGUUGCCACCGGACUUGAAGGAGUUGGCAUUCCGUACCAAGGUCAAAUACGCACCUCACCCCUACUUGUGGAUGUCCAAGGCACGAUCUCGAUCGACGGGUCUCGGCAUGGUCAGUGAAGGCAAAGAAUUGUCUCAAGAAGAACUGCCGCCGAUUGAAGAAGAAGCCAUCAAAAUCUACCCCAUGCUGUGGAAGAAUCCUGUCACGAACAAGAUCCAUCUGCAAGUGCAUCCUGCGGCCGUCCAGGACUUGAUCAUUGAUGGUAAGCCCAUGGGUGAUCUUGAAAAGGUCCGUGAAUUGUUGUACAAGAUGCAACGGCCUGCUAUUUCUCCGGAAAACGUUUAUGCGCAUGAAUGGCAGGAUGGUGAUAUGGUCUUUUUCCACAACCGGGGCGUCUUGCAUUCCGUGGUGGGCUCGUUGAAGGAGACGGAUGUCCGUAUCUUUCAACAAUGCAACAUGGCUUCGGCCCAAGACCCUAUUCCUGUCACUGAAGAAGACUUUGCUCCUUAUCGUAAUGCUGCGAGCACCGCUUAAAAGACAAAGAGUUCUCUUUUUCUCCUACUUGCCAUGUAAACAUGUAUAUACCUUUCUAUUCCUUUUUUUUGCUCUUCACACCGACCCUUUAAGCCAAUGAGUUACCCACACUUUGUCGUCUCUCCAAAUACAAAUAUCACACACUAUUUUCUAUGUGACAGUUUCCUGCAUAUACUGAGAACAUAAAAGAGAUGGUAUGGAAGCAAGACUAUUUACGCAUAGUGGAUAGCUAUAAUAGAGA